UGCAAUUCAAAAUAUCCACCUUAUCCAUGGCAAUGAGAGCAUAAGAAGGAAACACUAUCACAGAGCUUACUCUCAUGUCUUAAGCUCAUGUGAUGGACUUGUUCCUAAUAAACCCCACAAAAUCCCUGCAAAUUCCAACUCCUUUAUCUCCUUUUCCCCCCAAAUUCAAGCUCCAUUUCUUCGUCCAUGGCUUGGGUUUUAGCAGAACAAUCUCUAGGUCUCAAUUUAUGGCUAAAAUUCAAUCUUCAGAUGAUACAAAACGGAAGAUAAGAAAACCCAUUUCUCAGAAGAUAAUUCUCUCCGGUCCUCUGGACUCGCCUGAAAUCUCUGAAAAUGUCAACGCAAAAGUUGAGAUUCCGGCCAUAGAUGCCCAAAAAGUUGAGAUUCUGGCCAAAAAGGCCAGAAAUCCUUUGUGGGUUUCUCUUAAAAGAGUUCCCCGGAGGAUCGCUUCGGUCCUUUCAAAUCUUCCUCUUGCAAUUGGAGAGAUGGCCACCAUUGCUGGACUUAUGGCUCUUGGCACAGUGAUAGAGCAAGGGGAGGCCCCUGAACUUUAUUUCCAAAAGUACCCUGAAGAUAACCCAGUGUUGGGGUUCUUCACAUGGAGAUGGGUUCUCUACCUUGGUUUCGACCACAUGUUCUCAUCUCCUGUCUUUCUUGGAAUGCUGGUCCUCCUUGCUGCUUCUCUCAUGGCAUGUACUUAUACAACUCAAGUUCCUCUGGUUAGGGUUGCUCGCAGAUGGUCGUUCUUAACUUCUGCAGAAUCUAUUCGAAAGCAGGAGGUUGCCGAUUCUCUUCCAAGGGCAUCCAUAAAGGACCUGGGUGUUAUUUUGAUGGGUGCCGGAUAUGAGGUUUUCUCCAAAGGGCCAUCUCUGUAUGCUUUCAAGGGGAUGGCUGGUCGUUUUGCCCCUAUAGGAGUCCAUUUAGCUAUGCUUCUGAUUAUGGCUGGAGCAACUCUCAGUGCUACAGGGAGCUUUCGGGGUUCUGUUACAGUCCCUCAGGGAUUGAAUUUUGUGAUUGGAGAUAUCAUGGGUCCAAGUGGCUUUCUCUCGAAUCCUAUGCCAUCUUUCAAUACUGAAGUUCAUGUCAAUAGAUUCUACAUGGACUACUAUGAAAGUGGGGAGGUUUCACAGUUUCACACUGAUCUUUCACUACUCAAUUUGGAUGGGAAGGAGGUGAUGAGGAAGACAAUAAGCGUGAAUGACCCACUAAGAUAUGAUGGAGUUACCAUAUAUCAGACAGAUUGGGGUAUCUCAGCUCUUCAGGUUUCCAAGGAUACUGAUGGCCCUUUUAAUCUGGCGAUGGCUCCAUUGAAGAUUAAUGGGGACAAGAAGCUUUACGGGACCUUCCUUCCUGUAGGAGACACAAAUUCCUCUAAUGUGAAGGGAAUAUCAAUGCUGGCUCGUGAUCUACAGUCAAUAGUUCUUUAUGAUCAAGAAGGCAAGUUUGCUGGUGUUCGCCGGCCUAGCUCGAAGCUUCCUAUUGAUAUUGAUGGCAUGAAAAUUGUGAUUGAAGAUGCAAUUGGAAGCACGGGCCUCGAACUAAAGACUGACCCAGGGGUCCCAAUAGUAUAUGCUGGAUUUGGUGCAUUAAUGCUCACUACUUGCAUCAGUUAUUUAUCUCAUUCUCAGAUUUGGGCAUUACAAGAUGGAACCACAGUGGUUGUAGGGGGAAAGACUAAUAGAGGAAAGGUUGAAUUUGCUGGGGAGCUAAACCGUUUGCUUGAUUCCAUACCCGAAAUAGUAAACACCAAAACAACUCCCAGUAAAACAUUGAAUUCUGAAUCAAAAGAUGGUGAUUCCUUAGUUUGAAGCAAAUCCAAGUUUGGCGCUUUGGCCACUUUCAUAGGGAGUGUACAUAUUUGAACAGUGAAGACCAAUAAAUUUAUUGGUUCAUGAGGACUUAGCCACAAGAAGCCAGUCUCAAUUCAGUACACAAUGAAGUACUAAUAAGCUUGGUGCUGAUAUUUGUAAUAGCAUUUAUUGCGUUUGAAUUUGAGGAUGUUCUAGAAUUUGCUCAUACCUCGAAUGUAUUCGUGACCCAAUUUAUAGCAUGAAAUUCAGAAAUCUGAAUUUUUGCUUCA